AUGGAGAAAGACCGGCGUUUUAACUUCAAACUGUUGGUGCCCCCCAGGGUGAAUACCAGUCAGGUAUCUGCCGUUAGACCUCAGGAAAUCAUUAAGAACUCUGGUGGUUUCAUGAAUACAUUGCAACAGGGUUACACUAUGGGUUUUGACAAAGAGCGAAACCCACCUUUCCCCAAUACAAGCAUGGUUACACCAAGUAAACCAACCAGACAAGACCUUCCAAAGAUGACAGUGGUGCCACCAAUGGAAAAAGAUGAGAAUAAUUGCAGUCCUGUACGGCUUUAUUCCAAGCUGUUUGAUGAAGUUGAGAAAAUUAAGAGUUGGAAGGUCAACAUAGACUCUGACAUUGUGCAAAAGGAAAGAAGACUCCAAGAUAACAAAAGAACAAUAGAAACUCAGCGCAAAGCCAUUCAGGAAUUACAGUUUGGAAAUGAAAGUCUCAGUGUAAAGCUGGAGGAACAGAUCAGUGAAAAUGAGGAUUUGAAAAACAAAAACAACGCAACCAGGAACUUGUGUAAUAUUCUCAAAGAUACUUUUCAGCGGUCAUCUGAGAAAAUGCAUCUGUUUGAUUCCGAAAGAGAGGAAACACAUCACCUCUUCAUGGAAAAUAGUGAAAGUAUUCAGAAACUGAUUGCAGCAUUUGAAAGCCUACGCAUUAGAGUAGAGGCUGAUCAACAAGAGAUGCAGAAAGUGAAAGAGGGCUUGCUGCAAUUCGAGGAACUAAAAGAGAAAUAUCAUCAAGAAUAUGACCUGAAGGAGGAAGAGGUUGCAGGGCUUCAGAAAAAACUUAAGAAUAAGGAUAAUGAACUACAAAAAAUCGUGCUUGAUCUCCUUGAAACCCAAAAGCAUUGCAAACAGCUUCAAGAGGCAACAAAUCAACAGAAUGAACUUCUCAAAUGCUCAAAAACUGAACAGGACUCCCUUCUUAAAAAGUUGCACAUUGCUGAGCAGCACUGUGAAGAAACCCAGAAAAGCCACAAAGCUAUCGCUGCAGCCUUGGAACAAAGUAAAGAAGAACAUGCUCAGAUCAUCCAAAGCAAAGACUUAAGCAUACAUGAGCUCUCCAGAGCUGGAAAUCAACAAGCAGAGAAGCUUCAGACAGCCAUUCAGGAGCUACAGAAUUCAUUAGCCCUAGAGAUACAGAGAGCCCAAGAACUUCAGGAUAAACUCAUGGCAAACAACGAGGAACUUGAAAGGAGAAACACACUUUUACGAGAGACCAUCGAGCAGAAUGCAAAGAAAGAGGGGCAGAUCAAAAUCCUUGCAAAUGAACUGGACAUAAAAUCAAAAUCCAUUGAGUCCAUGAAGGGUAAGAUUGAUAUAAGUGAAGUCAGACUGGAGGAACUCACAGCUAAGCUUUCAAGGAAAACUGAAGAAGUCCAGCUAUUUAAGAAUGAAGCAGAGAUGGCCUCUGCUGAAAAUGAUCUACUGAAGAAGGCUUGUGAAGCUGCUGAAAAAGCACAAGAAGAUUUGAAAGAGAACUAUGCUGUGACUGAGAUCAAAGUGCAGGAGCUAGAGGGAGAAUUGUUUAGUGAAAUGAGGAAAAAUAAAGAAAAGGUUGUGAAGCUGACAAAAGAAAUUCAAAGACUCGAAGAAGAAAACCAAUGUUUACGAGAGGAAGUAAACUCCAUUAAAACGAAAAUCCAAGGGAAAUGUCAUGAAACCGAGACACUGCAGAAGAAAAUGGAAGAAAGCUGGGAACAUCUGCAUGAGAAAAUUACAGAAAAAGAAAAACUAAUCAAAUAUGUGGAAACAAAGCUGUGCAAUCUCAGGAAAAAAUUUGAAAUUAAACUUAAAGCCCAGGAGGAAUACCGAAAGGAGAAUAAAAUACUUAAGAAACAAAUAGCAAAGGAGACUGCAAACUCCAGUCAACUUGAAAAUGUGAUUAGCAGUCUUCACAAGGAGUUCCAGAGCCUUAAAAGACUAAACGAGGAAGGCCAUCAGAAACUGCUUAAGGAUCUUGAGUACAAAUCAACCUUUGCAGCAGAGUGUGAAAAUGAGGUACAAAAGCUCAGAUUAACAGCAGCAGAGGCCAUCAAGAACAAGGAGGAUGCAGAACUCAAGUGUCAACACAAGAUAGCAGAUAUGGUCGCAUUGAUGGAGAAACACAAGAGCCAGUAUGACCGGAUGGUUGAAGAAAAGGAUGCAGAGCUCGAUGAGAACAAGAAGAGAGAGGCAGAAGCUGUUGCCCAUACUAAAUCACUGGAGUUGGAACUCUUGAAGCACAGGACAGAAAAUGAUCAGCUAAAGAAACAGCUGAAGACAGAAACAACAAAGAUGGAAAACCUACAGAAGGAGCUAACUGAUUUGAAGAAAGAAAUGUCAUCAAUGAAAAUCACUCAGGUGUCAGGAGCAGCGAACAAGCAGUAACCUGCCUCAAACUAUAAACAGGGAACAUGUUCAGAGACUCCAAAAGAGGGUUCUUCAAAGAGACUCAUGUUUGACUUCUCAAAGGCCAGGACAACUCCCUCCUACAAAUAUGGAGGUGCUGCAGCAAUGAAGCACACUGAAUCUGUCACUGAAUCCAUCAGAACACCAUGUGGAACAACACCAAAGACCAAGGGUGUUUGCAGUGAAGACCUGAAAACCCCAAGAAGUAUUACACAUAGUUUUGUGGGAACAUCAAAGAUCAAAUCCUACAGAAUAAGGACACCGCCUUCUGGUGAAAAAGUAUCACCCUGGGGGAAGGGCACCAUUGAGCUUGACCCCAAGUCUGACAGCUCUGAUCAAAAUGAUCUCCUGACCUUUGCAAAUGUACCCGCACCCAGUUUUUGUGCUCCACACGGGAAAAUCCAUGCCUUCAAAAAGAGCCCUGUCACUCAUAAAUCACCAGGGAACACCUUGAAACUAGCUGCAAUUAAAAGGAUGAGAGAUGCUGGUUGGACAGCAGUUACUGGCUCUGAUAAGAAAAAGAAGAAGAACAAUGAGAAGAUCUUUGCAUAA